AUGUCUUUAAUACAACAACAGAAGCGGCCACGAAGAUUCUCAGCCGUCUUGUUAUUGCUGAUGGGAGUUGUGUUGGUGGCGAGCUUGUUGUUAUUAAAUUUUCAUCAUUACGAAUCUUCACUCGUGAAUGCUCAUGGAUCUCAUCACCAUCAUCAUAAACAACACUCUUCGGAGAAACACAAGUGCCAGCAUCAUCACGAACAUGAGCAUCACGAGCAUCAUUAUGAGCACAAGGAAGUUAAUACAAAUAAUAACAAUGAAAAACAUCAGCAAAUUCAUCGACAUUUAUUGGAAACAAAAGAAAUACACAAGGAAGGAGAUCAUCAUCACCAUGAUCACAACCUUCAUGAAGAAAAGCAACAACAUCAACCUUCUAAAUUAUCGAUUUGGAUGUAUUCGUUGGGAAGUUCCUUUGGAGUUUCUUUAUUGUCUUUUGUUGGGGCUAGUUUACUGUUUUAUGGUAUUAGAGGACAAGAGAAUGGUGCAACAAUGAGUAAUUUACAAUUUAUAUUGAGUUGUUUGGCUGUUGGAUCCUUGUUAGGAGAUUGUUUCUUGCACUUGUUGCCAAUUCUCUAUGCUUCGGAAGAACACAGCCAUGAUAGUGGUCACAGUCAUGGCAGUGGAGGAAAACAUGUUCAUAAUUUGGAAGCUUCUGGUCACUCAUUUGUCAUAUUAUUUGGAUUCAUCUUGUGUUUGUUGAUUGAGGUCUAUCUCAGAGUUCGUCAAAGGAGAGAGGAAAAGAAGGAGAAGGCCAAUGAGGUGAAAUUAGGAGGACACUCUCACCACCACGGUCAUUCUCAUAUUAAGGCAGUAGGAUGGAUCAAUUUGAUUGGAGAUGGUAUUCACAAUUUUAUGGAUGGUGCAGGAAUUGCAGGUGCUUUUCAAGUUUCAAUUCCUGUUGGUAUUGCCAAUGUUUUGUGUAUUUGUAUGCAUGAAAUUCCACAAGAAUUGUCAGAUUAUGGAAUUUUAUUGAGUGCUGGAUUUAGUGUAAAGAAGGCUCUAUUCUUCAAUUUCCUGAGUGGAGUCUUGUCAGUUGUUGGUUGCUUAUUUGGAUUAAUUUUGACAUCUGAUCAUGGAUUUGAAUUUUUGUUUAUUAAUGAAAAGCAUCUGGUUGCUUUGAGUGCUGGUAGUUUUAUGUACAUUGCCACAUCCAUGAUUCCAAUAAUCUUGGAUCAAUUAGUGGAAAGUAGUGAAUUAGUGGCCGUUCCAGAAAUUAAAAACGAAGAUGAAAAGACUGAAAAGAAGGUUCAUAAGGAUGCUCAAACUUCUGAUUUCCCAACCAAGCUCUACUAUGCCAUUGGAAGCGUCACUGCUGGUAUCAUUCUCAUGCACAUUAUUGGAGUUUAUGAGGAUUCUGUUACUGACAUGGUCACAUCAUUCUACAGGUAA